AUGGAGCUCAGGGAAGGGGCGGGAGGGCCGCGAGUGAGCGCCAUGGGCACACGAGCGUCCCCCCAGCAGCCCCUGCUGCGGGUGCGGCACUUGCCUGUCGUUCCUGGCCUCGCGAGUGGCAGCAAGGCGGAGGGAGGAGGUGGGGUCGUGGCAGAGGGUGGGCGGUUGGGGGAGGAGGUGCGGGAGGGAGGGAUGGAGGGGGAGCAGAGGGGCGAGGGGCAUAGAACGGCGGUUGGUGGGGUUAGAAAGUGGGCUGGAGAGCGUAAAAAGGGUGGGGAUGAUGGGCGGGAUGGGGAGAAGACGCGUGGUGGUGGUGCGGUGUGGAGCGUGCAUGUGAAGCACGUAGCUGCUAAAGCUUCAUACGCAGUUGCGCCCUCGGCUCUCCCUGCUGCACCGCCUGCCCUGCUGCUGUGCCUGGCGCCACGCAUAGGCGAACUAAUCACAGAUGCAGGUGCCGUGUACCCGCUGCUGCCGCGCGCCAUGAACUCCAACUGCAAGCACAAGGCACGCCAGGAGGCAGCACAGUGGGAGAGCAGUGAGCAGGGGGCGGUGGCACACGGCAUGGCUGUGUGUGCUGCACUCUCCUCGCACAUCCUCGCUGCUGCUGCCUCGUCUGCGUCAACAGCACCGCUCUGCCACCUCGUGCUCAGCCUGGCCGCCCUCUCGCACUCCCCCGCUCUCUCCCCUCUCCUCUCCACGUCCCCUCUCACCACCUUGCUCUAUCACCCACGCUCACUGCUUCUCCCUCUGCCUCUACCACUUGUGUCAUCGACUUCAAUUGACGCCUCGUCCCUCCACCAUCGCCCGCAGCAGCAGCAGCAGGAGCGGCAUGGGGGCAUCGCAGCAAGGUGCCUGGUAGCAGAGGAGGAGAGUGGUGUGGACAAGCGUGAAGAGGCCGUGGUGUGUGCCGUGCCACCGUGCAGGGGAGGAGCGCAGGAGCAUGCCGCACGCGCUCACGUGUGCAGGCAGGAUGCAGAGGGGGUGUUGAUAUUGCGGGGUAGAGAUGUCUCAAAGGGGGGCAGUGCACGGGGAGGAAAGGUUCAUCCUGAGCCUGCAGUGGAAUCUGCUGCAUCGGCUUCUCUCUCUGCUUCAUCCAAUGUGGCUGUUCUGCAGCCGCGAUCGCUCGCAGACGUUCUUGAUAUGCUGGACGCUCUUCCCACCCUCACCACCACCUCUGCUGCAUCUGCUGCCUCUACCGUCACCGCCACCUCAGCUUCCUCUGCUGCAUCCGCCGCGCCGCCUGCCGCCAUGCAGAACGCCACGCGCGCGGCGCUAAGGGGCCUCGCGUCCUCCUCUUCCCGAGGCCCCUCCCGCCAUGCCGCUGCCGCCUCCGCAACCACCUCCCGCCUCCUCUCCACCACCGCUCCCCCCGCAUCCGGCCCCGCGUCACCCGCUUCCGCCCCGCCUCCCCCCCCUCCCCCGCCAGAGAAGACCGUUUUCGGCGGACUAUCGGAUGCGGAUCGGAUCUUCACGAAUCUGUACGGGCUGCACGAUCCGUUUAUCAAGGGCGCGAUGAAGCGCGGCGACUGGCACCGCACGAAAGACCUCGUGGUCAAAGGCACCGACUGGAUCAUCAACGAAAUGAAGAAAUCCGGGCUGCGCGGGCGCGGCGGCGCGGGUUUCCCGUCGGGCCUGAAAUGGUCGUUCAUGCCCAAGGCGAACCCCGACGGCCGCCCGUCGUACCUGGUGGUUAACGCAGACGAGAGCGAGCCGGGCACGUGCAAGGACCGCGAAAUCAUGCGCCACGACCCGCACAAGCUCAUCGAGGGGUGCCUCAUCGCGGGCGUGGGCAUGCGCGCGCGCUACGGGUACAUCUACAUCCGCGGAGAAUACGUCAACGAGCGCAAGGCCGUCGAGCGCGCCGUCGCGGAGGCGUACGAGAAGGGGUUCCUCGGGCGCAACGCGUGCGGCAGCGGGUACGAUUUUGACCUGUAUGUGCACCACGGCGCGGGCGCGUACAUCUGCGGAGAGGAAACCGCGCUGCUGGAGUCGCUCGAAGGCAAGCAGGGCAAGCCGCGACUGAAGCCGCCGUUCCCGGCGAACGCGGGGCUGUACGGGUGUCCGACGACGGUGACGAACGUGGAGACCGUCGCCGUGUCGCCGACGAUCCUGCGACGCGGGCCGGAGUGGUUCGCGUCGUUCGGGCGCAAGAACAACAGCGGCACGAAGCUGUUCUGCAUCUCGGGGCACGUGAACAAGCCGUGCACGGUGGAGGAGGAGAUGAGCAUCCCGCUCAAAGAGCUCAUCGAGCGCCACGCCGGCGGCGUGCGCGGCGGCUGGGACAACCUCCUCGCGAUCAUCCCGGGCGGCUCGUCCGUGCCCAUGCUCCCUAAACCCAUCUGCGACGACGUGCUAAUGGACUUCGACGCGCUGAAAGCCGUGCAAUCCGGGCUGGGCACAGCCGCGGUGAUCGUGAUUGAUAAGAGCACUGACGUGGUGGACGCGAUCGCGCGGCUGUCGUAUUUCUACAAGCACGAGAGCUGCGGGCAGUGCACGCCAUGCAGGGAGGGCACGCCGUGGCUGUGGCAGCUGCUGGAGCGCAUGAAGGUGGGCGAUGCGCUCAUGGAGGAGGUGGACAUGCUUCAGGAGAUUACGAAGCAGAUCGAGGGGCAUACGAUUUGCGCGCUCGGGGACGCCGCCGCGUGGCCCGUGCAGGGGCUGCUGCGCCACUUCCGCCCUGAGAUCGAGCGCCGCAUUGAGGCGCGCGCCGCCUCUGCUGCUGCUGCUGCUGCUGUUGCCGCUGGUGGUGCUGGUGAGUGGGUGGCGGGAAGAGGGAUGGGAGAGUGUGCGGCCAGGGGGUUAUGGCAGGGAUGGGAGGGUGUGUAG